CCAAUCCACCCCGGCUGCGUUCUCAUGCGCCGGAGCGGUCCCUCUUAUAUGCACCAAUUAAAGAGACCUCAUGUCUGGCAUUCAGCCCUAGAGUGCCGGGGAUAAGGACAGGAGACGGAAAGAGAGGAUUCUUGGGAGGGACACUGCAGCACUUUAACCAGGAGAACCAGGUAAUGAGCUCAAAAUAUAAUGUCUGAAGUUCAAGGAACAGUUGAGUUCUCAGUGGAGCUUCAUAAAUUCCAUAACGUGGACCUAUUCCAAAGAGGGUAUUAUCAUGUAAGAGCCACUCUGAAAAUAUCAUCCAAGACACCUCACAGACUGACGGCAACACUCGUCGGGCAAACAGAUGACAGCGAGCUAUACCCAGCAUGCGUGUACGACAAUGUUGUUUACAGCCGAGUGUUUCAGAUCCUUUACAGAAACGAGGACCUUGUAAUCAAUGAUGUCAUGACAUUUAAAGCCCACCUGCUCUUGGAUGGAGAAAGGGUCGAAGACUCGCUGAGUGAAGCAGAUUUCCAGUUGAAGUUAGAUUUGCAUUUUACCGACAACGAGGCGCAACUCAAAGACAUUUCAGGAGUACCGUUGAUAAGCAGCCGUACCCUCGGCCUCCAUUUUAACCCGAGAAGAGGACUACACCAUCACGUCCCUGUCAUGUUUGACUAUUUCCACCUGUCCGUGAUUUCCGUUACGGUCCAUGGCUCGCUAGUAGCCUUACACCAGCCGCUGAUAAGCUUUGCUCGGCCAGUGAAGGGUUCGUGGUUGGGGAAGAGCAGCCAAGAACUGGUGACGGACCAGGCAAACAUUUCACUGGAGAAUCUUGUGUUUGGUGCCGCGUAUUGUAAACCAGCUUCUUCCGAGGGCAGCUGCUACGUCCCAUCGGAAAAUUGCAUCCAACACGCUUACAAAUGGCAUAAGGAUCUAUGCCACCUCCUGCUAUCUGCGUAUAACGGGCUUUGCUCGUAUUACAUCAGCAUUUUAAAGGAAAUACCAGAAUUAUCACAAACUGAAAUAGAAGAGCUGGUGACAGAAGCCACGUUAUCGCAACUAUGUAACCAGCUGCAGAAGCUGAACAGCCCAGAGAGAAUAACCGAACAGAUCCAGAAGGACAUCGCCUGGCUGUGCUCCCAGCUGUUGGUCACGUGGACCCAGUUUCUUGAAAUUGUGACCCUUCAGCCUGAUGUCACCACCUACCUCAUGCAAAAACAUCACACCUUAAGGGUAAGGAGAUUUUCGGAAGCAUUCUUCUAUACGGAACACGAGAAAUCGGCUGUAGUUACUUUUCAGGAGAACCUGAUUCAAAGUCACAGCAACUUCUCAACAGAAAUUAGAAACUCUGAAUACUUCACCAGCAUGCCUCCUCUGCCUAUUGAAUGUAUAGACAUCGACGGGGACUGGAGCUCUCUUCCCAUUAUUUUUGAAGACCGCUACGUUGAAUGUCCCAAAAAAGCUGUCGCCAUGGAAACCAUGCAGCAGGAAAUUACGAAUGAAAACAAUCACAAUUCUGAAAAAGAAAAUGAAUUAGAAAAUGUUACCGCUUCUCGCAAUUCUCAUGUCGUACAGACCACGACCGUUCAUGAAAAUGCCUCCUUUGAACAAGCGAGUGCCAUGAUGUCAGAAAACCAUGAUGUCGGCCACAAUCCAAAACAAUAUCUGAAUCUAGAGGAGGAACCAAGGAACGACGAGUCUGAAUACGUAACAUGGUUUUCUACAGCGGACAGACCUUAUUCCUCCGACGUUGACCAUGGAACAGAAUUAACGACAAUGACAGAAAGGAAACGUGACCAACUUGACCAUACUCUUGGUAAUUGUCAAGAGGCCAACAGACCGACCGGUGUUACGUAUAUUGAGGUAAAACAAAGUACCCAUGACCAAUAUAGGGGAGAAGCAGUAUUGGUUUUGAGUGCCUCGCAUGGAGAAUUAGGUUCUUUGUCCAACGCAGAAGAUAAAACACUUCCAACUGAGAAAGAGACCAUCAAAACCAAGAUGGACACCACUGGCUCAGAGGAGAUGAUUCUACAGGACACGAGCAGCUCUAAAAAUGGGACAGUCCCUGUGCAUAGGUCAUUAAAUCAAAGUAUGCACAUAUUACUAAAAAGCAACAGCACUGAGCUAAUCAAUAAUCCUUCAAAAUAUACUUCAUUGACGAAAUGUUUUCCCAAGGAAAGUGGGGAAGAGUUUUCUCCGCGCUCCGAGGCUAUCAAGAGAUCCUCAUCCGUCAUAUCGGACUCGGGCAUAGAAAGCGAGCCGAGUUCGGUAGCGUGGUGCGAUAUACGCAACAGGACCAUGGAAGUACCCAGCGAUCGAGACGGUCUUCAGCAGUUAUCCAGAAAAUACGGAAUGUACAGAAGCUCUCUAGAAGGAAUGCACGCAGAGAGUAACACUAGCUUGCCAAGUGGCAUUCAAGCCUCGUUGACUUCCAUUAAUUCUUUGCCUUUUGAAGAGGAAGAACGAGAAAUGGAACUUUCUAAACUAACAAAGUCUGUUUCCGCGCCACAGAUCAGUAGUCCAAAGGAAUCAGCGGAUGACAUGGACUUAAUGAACAAAGAGGUUGACGAUAUUGGUGAGAAUACAAGUCCACGGGGAAGUGAACUUUCUAAAAAUCCUAAAGCUGGAACUUUGAGAAGAAACUCUGAUGAAAAAUCAAAAAUCAGUGGCAAAGAUUCUGACAUCAUAUCCUAUUCUUCUACGAACAAUAUGGAUGAUUGCAACGAGGCCCCACCAACAGAAACUACAACUUUAGAUUCGUACGCAAUAUCCAACAGUAGUGUUAUAACAAAGUGCACUUUAACAGAUCGGAAUGUUUUUGGAGCGGUGGAUGAUCCAUCAACAACCUCAAUGCAAACAUCAAGCCUUCAAGACUCAGAGUCCUUUUCUGAAUGUGUUAACACAGGGCCGAAAUCUGCUUCUUUGUCUCUGGGACCAUUGCCGGAUACGGACGUUACCUUACAAUCCAGCGUUUCGGAGUCUAAAAAUACACUUGAUGGAUUCCCAGCUUUGGAAGAAAUCGAACUCGACGAUGAACCAACUAAUGGGCAGACGCUCGGUGGCUAUUACCAUUCUGUACCCAAUACUGACCAUAAGGGUGCAAUCAGAAGUUCUGCUGCUCUCGCAGAAGCCAGCUCUAGCACUUCUGCCCUCGCUUUAGAUGGGAGACGCGCUGUAGAGAUGGUUAACCUGUCCGUGUCUUGUACAGCCACCUGCCUGCCAUUUUCUUCGGUCCAAAAAGACGCUCCGAUGAUUCCUGGUUUCUCCUCAAAGCAGGCGUUGUUUCCGAUUACGAGGCAGCCUUUGGGAUCGUUCGGGGUCAUAACCAGCAGCGAGGAAGCUGAUAAGGAGGUCAACGAGAGGAUGCUUAGUUUUCAUCAGGCUAAAGACAAAUUCAGGAAGCAGCUGCCGUUUGACGGCUUCCUAUACAGCGACCUGUCCAUUCUGGCCUCUGACGGGCCCUACUUUCCACCGGAGGAGGAACAUGCAGAGGAUGGAAUCCAUCUGGUGGUCUGUGUGCAUGGACUAGAUGGUAAUAGCGCCGAUCUACGGCUCGUGAAAACGUUUCUGGAGUUGGGUCUCCCUGGAGCCAAUCUUGACUUCCUCAUGUCUGAAAAGAACCAGACGGAUACAUUUGCGGACUUUGAUGCUAUGACCGAUAGACUUAUCGACGAAAUCAUCCAACACAUCCAGCUAUACAACCUGUCAAUCUCAAGAAUAAGUUUUAUUGGACAUUCCUUGGGGAACAUCAUCAUUCGCUCUGUACUGACCCGUCCCCGAUUCCGAUAUUACCUCAGCAGACUGCACACCUUCCUCUCCCUGUCCGGACCUCACCUCGGCACGCUUUACAGUAACAGUACUUUAGUGAGUACAGGCUUGUGGUUAAUGCAAAAGUUGAAAAAGUCAGGAUCCCUUCUGCAGCUGACCUUCCGGGAUAAUCCAGAUCUGCGAAAAUCGUUCCUGUACCAACUCAGCCAAAAGCCAGGCCUCCAGUAUUUUAAGAAUGUUGUUUUGGUGGCGUCACCGCAGGAUCGAUACGUCCCGUUUCAUUCGGCAAGAAUAGAGAUGUGUAAAAACGCCAUUAAGGACAAACACACAGGUCCUGUUUAUACAGAAAUGAUAAACAACCUCCUGCAGCCCGUGAUAGACGCGAAGGACUGCAGGUUAAUUCGGCACAACGUGUUUCACGCUCUCCCAAACACGGCAAACACGCUCAUUGGACGCGCAGCCCACAUCGCCGUACUGGAUUCCGAACAAUUUCUGGAGAAAUUCCUCCUCGUUGCGGGACUCGGUUACUUCAAGUAGCUUCUUCUAAUGAUGUCAUUGGGUGAACCGCAUCGCAAAACCAAAAAACCUCCGAGAAGUACGCCGGACGUUAUCUGAGGACAUCUUAUUACAUUGAAUGUGACGCUCAUACUGCAUAAAAGUGCGCAUGUCUUUUGGCUCUUACGUCGUGUAUUGUACGGGCAUGCUCAAGGGCAAUUCUUUUCAA